CAUGCCAAAAUAAAAUAAGUGACGUGUAAAGUGUAUUCGUCGGCGCCCCAAAGUUUUGUAAUUCCCGUAAAGAAAAAGCUCAAAAUGAGCUCUUUCAAGCGUGAUAAGAAAGAAGAAGAGGAUGGCGGAGGCAACCCUUACCAGAACCUUGACAAAACCAUCGUUUUACAAGAAGCAAGAUACUUUAAUCAGACUCCGGUUAAUCCGCGAAAAUGCUGCCUGAUUUUGUCGAGAGUCCUGUAUUUACUGAAUCAAGGGGAGAAAUUGACGACACAGGAGGCUACCGAAGCGUUUUUCGCGACCACCAAAUUGUUUCAGUCUAAGGAUGUGAUGUUACGCCGUAUGGUAUACCUGUGUAUCAAGGAGUUGAGUACGUUGGCGCAAGAUGUUAUCAUUGUAACUUCUUCGUUGACGAAAGACAUGACUGGGAAGGAGGAUUUGUACCGUGCGGCGGCUAUAAGAGCAUUGUGCAGUAUAACUGAUAGUACCAUGUUGCAGGCUAUAGAAAGAUACAUGAAACAGGCCAUUGUUGAUAAGAAUCCUGCUGUGAGCUCUGCUGCGCUGGUAUCCGCUUUGCAUCUAUCUGCGACUGCGCCGGAUUUGGUGCGGCGGUGGUCGAAUGAAGCUCAGGAAGCAAUCUCGAACAACGCCAUGGUGUCCUACCACGCGCUCGGCGUCGUCGCCAGCACACGUAAAAACGACAAGCUUUCCACUGUCAAACUUGUCUCUGGUCUCAUCCACUCAGUCAUUAAAUCCCCUUACACCCUCUGUCUUCUCAUCCGUUUAGCUGCACAGCUCGUUGAUGACGAUGAAAGCGAUGCUGCCCAACCUUACAUCAACUUCAUUGAAUGCUGCCUUCGCCAUAAAUCAGAAAUGGUCAUUUAUGAAGCUGCUCACGCGAUAGUGAACCUCAGGAAAACUGCUAGGGACCUCGCGCCAGCCGUUUCCGUACUCCAACUAUUCUGCGGCUCUUCCAAAGCCUCUCUGAGACUUGCCGGAGCAAGAACAUUGGCUAGAUUGACCGCGAAACAUCCCACAGCAGUCGCCGCGUGCGCUGUUGACUUGGAGAACUUGAUAUCUGACCCGAAUAGGUCCGUAGCCACGUUGGCUGUUACCACGUUGUUAGCUACUGGUGCAGAGAGCUCGGUUGACAGACUAAUGAAGCAGAUUUCAAGUUUCGUGACAGAAAUAUCUGACGAAUUCAAAAUCGUCGUCGUUAGAGCUAUAAGGCGUCUUUGUACUAAGUUUCCGAGAAAGCAUCAGGCAUUGGCCGCUUUUUUGGCCGGCAUGCUUCGUGACGAGGGCGGGUUGGAGUAUAAAGCGGCGAUCGCUGAUGCUAUAAUUGCACUGGUUGAAGAAAACCCGGAAGCGAAGGAAACAGGGCUGGCACAUCUCUGCGAGUUCAUUGAAGAUUGCGAACAUACAGCUUUGGCUGUUCGUAUACUGCACCUCCUAGGCCGUGAAGGCCCUAAAUCACGUCAGCCAUCAAGGUACAUCAGAUUCAUUUACAACAGAGUAAUUUUAGAAUCGGGGCCCGUUCGGGCCGCUGCCGUAUCGGCCGUAGCACAAUUCGGCGCUCAAAGACCAGAGUUGCUGCCGAAUAUAAGCGUUCUUCUAUCCAGAUGCCAAAUGGAUGACGAGGACGAAGUACGAGACCGUGCAAUAUAUUACAGCGCAAUUUUGGAGACCGGAGACCCUCAAUUGAUCAACGAUUACAUCGUAAAUGUUCCAAAACCCAACGCAGUAUUGCUUGAAAAGGCUCUGAGAGACCAUUUGGCUACCCGCCCUGAUGAACCAUUCGAUAUGAACACGGUACCCACUGAGGAAGAACCUAAGGAAAACAAAGAAGAGAUAGUCGAGAUUGAAGUGAAGAAACCCGUACAAAUGUCCCUGGAAGAGCUUUACGCAGAGCAGCUCUCCAAGAUCGUGGGAAUAGAAAGACUGGGGCCAGUAUUCAAGACGAAUCAGCCAGUAGAUUUAACCGAAGCGGAAACGGAGUACAGAGUUCGCUUGCUGAAACAUAUCUUUGGAAGGCACAUGAUCCUUCAAUUCGAGUGUGUGAACACCCUAAGCGAUCAGCUAUUAGAAGAGGUUCAAGUCAGGCUUGAAUGCCCUCCAGAAUAUGAAGUGAAAUCAGUCACUCCGUGUCCAAAACUUGUGUACGAUAAACCUGGGAAUGUUUUCGUAAUAAUUGAAUUCCCGAGCGCUUUCCUAGACAGUCUCGGCACUUUCGGUGCGACUUUGGAGUUUGUCGUCCGCGACUGCGACCCUACAACCGGGCAGCCUGAUCCUGGGGAAGGUUACGCAGAUUCGUAUCCACUUGAGGAGUUCGAAAUAGGCUGUUCUGAUCAGAUAAGGGCUCGCGCGGCUGCGGAUGACUGGGACCAGACUUGGGAGAGAGCGUCUAACGCCCCCGAAGCGUCGGAUACAUUCGUUUUGUCUCAGAACGAUGUGAAUGAGGCUGCGAAAGCUGUGUGUGAGCAUCUUGGUUUGCCUAAAGCUGCUAUAAUAGGAGAAGCAGUGAAGGAGAUUCGUGGAGGUGGAAUAUUUAGAGGUGGCGCUCCGGUACUGGUAAGAGCUCGCUUGGCAGGCAGCAGUAGCGGAGUUACAAUGAAGUUGGCGGCUCGGUCGCCCAGGGAGGAUGUCGCACAGUUGCUUUUGGCAGCAGUCGGUUAAGUAUUAUGUCCGUAUUGCAUUUACAUUUGUCAAUAUUCAUAUUAAAUUAAGAAAAUAAAUCUGUAUAACUAUUUAUGAUCAUGAUAUUCCGAUAAAUAAAUAGUGUUUGAAUGAAAUGAAAUUUCAGUAAUGGAUCUAAAAAUUA